CGGGCCUGGGCGGCCGCGCGCGUGCGUGUUUCCGGCUCCGCUGCGGAAGGCGGACGACUGGAGGUGUUGGGCCCAACGCGACGCGAAGGUGCGGAGAGAGCGCGGGACUAGAGUGCAGAGCUCGGGACGUGGAUCGGAGCCGGCGCAAUGGGCGGAGAGCAGGAGGAGGAGCGGUUUGACGGCAUGUUGCUGGCUAUGGCUCAGCAGCACGAGGGAGGCGUGCAGGAGCUUGUGAACACCUUCUUCAGCUUCCUUCGACGCAAAACAGACUUUUUCAUUGGAGGAGAAGAGGGGAUGGCGGAGAAGCUUAUCACUCAGACUUUCAGCCACCACAAUCAGCUGGCACAGAAGGCCCGGCGGGAGAAGAGAGCCCGGCAGGAGGCUGAGCGGCGGGAGAAGGCGGAGCGGGCGGCCAGGCUGGCCAAAGAAGCCAAGUCAGAGACCUCAGGGCCCCAGAUCAAGGAGCUAACUGAUGAAGAGGCAGAGAGGCUGCAGCUAGAGAUUGACCAGAAAAAGGAUGCAGAGACUUAUGAGGCCCAGCUCAAGAAUGGCAGCCUUGACUCCCCAGGGAAGCAGGAGACUGAGGAAGAUAAUGAGGAGGAAGACGAGAAGGACAAAGGAAAACUGAAGCCCAACCUAGGCAACGGGGCAGACCUGCCCAAUUACCGCUGGACCCAGACCCUGUCGGAACUGGACCUGGCAGUCCCUUUCCGUGUGAACUUCCGGCUGAAAGGGAAGGACGUCGUGGUGGACAUCCAGCGGCGGCACCUCCGGGUGGGGCUCAAGGGGCAGCCAGCAAUCAUCAGUGGGGAGCUCUACAACGAAGUGAAGGUGGAGGAGAGCUCAUGGCUCAUUGAGGAUGGCAAGGUGGUGACUGUGCAUCUGGAGAAGAUCAAUAAGAUGGAAUGGUGGAGCCGCUUGGUGACCAGUGACCCUGAGAUCAACACCAAGAAGAUUAACCCUGAGAAUUCCAAGUUGUCAGACCUGGACAGUGAGACCCGCAGCAUGGUGGAAAAGAUGAUGUAUGACCAGAGACAGAAGUCCAUGGGGCUGCCAACCUCAGACGAACAGAAGAAACAGGAGAUUCUGAAGAAGUUCAUGGAUCAGCAUCCGGAAAUGGAUUUUUCCAAGGCUAAAUUUAACUAGCCCCUGUUUUUUCCUCCCUGAACUCUUGGGGCUGUGCCACAAUCUCCCAACUUUCUUUCCCACUCUUCUCUGGGACUUGUGGGCCUCAGGGCUUGGGGCAGGCAUGGGACUGGCCCAGGCACACAGGUCCCAGGGUAUCAGGAGAAAGGCUGGGGCUUGGGAUCCUGUCCUCUCCAGUUGGCCUACUGUUACACAUUAAAGCAAUUUGCCCAGCUC